AUGGUCUCUUUCAAGGACAUUACCGGUGCGCUAGGUACGAUUCUGAGUUAUCUCGGCGCAGAAGUUGCAGAAGAAAACGUGUUCGAACGACUUCUGUGGCCGCAGCGAUACUACAGUGACCUCAGUCUAACCAUCUUCCUCCGACUCGUCUUUCUCAUGCCAUCUGGAGGUCCAUUACAUCGCGCAGCACUCGAGACUUUGACCAAAUUUCAGAAAAACGGACUAUAUCUGGGCAAAACUCGAGGCAACAUGCUUGGCAGCGCGUUUUAUAGUCGAAUGGACGUCUCGUACUUCGCCAGAACCCUGAAUGGCCAGGAAAGUGCAGCAAAGGAAUCAAGAAACGGGUUUUUGGUGAGGGUAGCACGCUCUCUAGCGCACGGCUAUGUGGCAAGACAAGAUGACAAGGAGAAGAUGAUGUCUGCUCUUGCAGUAUCUAAGCGAGCGUAUGUUCCCUUGCAUCAUGUGUACCUCAGAAGUUGUACAAGCAAGACACCAGCACCUAGCGAGAUCGUGGCCGUGUCCGAGGACAAGCUGACCUGGAAAUGCUUCGUCGGUGUAGUAGCUAGCGAGCUGACUGCUAUCGCUGCAGCUGUAAUCGCAGGCGCAUACACUCAUACAACUUGGCUGUGCGUAUACUUUGUGCUGCCUUUGAUCUUCAAGGUCUUCUCGUUUGGAAGCAGUGUCCGGAGGGAGAGUCUGAGAGCUGCAGUCGAUGGCGAAAGUGAGGCCGAAGCCGUAUUCGAACUGGAUGAUGUCAACCACGGUCUUGUGCUUAUACAAGGUCCAGAUCAUGUUGUGCGACAGUUUUGCCGGCAUUAUGGACACCCAAUACGUGGUUCGGACGCGACAGCAAACCGAAUGCGCGAGGUCAUGUCAAUGUCGCUGGUAUACCUUUUUGUCGGAUACUUCCCGGCUGGCUUGAUUGCCUUGCUGUGGCUUGACGACGAUGCUCAGGUGUUAUGGCUGUCGUAUCAGCUCUAUGUUGUUUUCGUCAUGCAUAUCAGCAGACUGCUAGGUCUCAAUGAAUGUGGCCGGACUGAAGAGCGUAUUGCGCGACAUGUCAAGAAGGGCAGAGAGGUGAUGUUGAGCGAUUCGACAGGAUUGUCGGUCAUCUUCAGAGUCGAGACGGUAUGGUUUGAGAACGUGACAGAGGGCAGGAGAGCGAUGUCAGAUACGAUCGCUGCACACAAGCAACUGUGCAACAGCAGUGAUGAGGCGGUCAAGAGCGAAUCGACUGAGAGUUCUGUCACUGAGCAAGAUUCAAGUAGAGACAAUUUACCUAGAGCAAGAUAG